AUGAAGGAAUUCAUCAUAUUUGGUACUGAAUUCGAUAACGAUGAUGAUAACGAAACUAUAUCUUGUCGCCGGCCACUUUCUAUAGCUGAACAGACUGUGCGAGAUGAACAAGGUAGGCGACGAUUUCAUGGUGCUUUUACUGGAGGAUUUUCAGCUGGUUAUUUUAACACAGUCGGUUCUAAACAAGGAUGGGAGCCAAGCCAGUUUCGAUCUACUCGAGAAGAACGUUGGAAAAAAAUGGAAUUACGACCAGAAGAUUUUAUGGAUGAAGAAGAUUUGGGAGAAUUUGGUAUUGCUUCGAGAAAGUUGCGUACCACAGCUGGUGCUGGAGGGGUUAAAGAGAAGCAUCGUUUGGCUUGGGAGCAUCAAGGGUCAUCAUUGGAAAACGCGAUAAAAUCGCGAAUUGAAGCUAUUAUUCAUCCCAUCAGAGAUUCAAUGGGUAUUCGCUUGUUAAAAAAAAUGGGCUGGCGAGAGGGACAAGAAAUUGGACUAAAACUUUCGCGGGGAGAAAGUAAAAAAGGUAUUAAAGAUGAUUCGCUGUUGGAAAAUCAAAAUCGACCUUCAGAGGAUGUUCUUUUGCAUUAUUUGAAGUCCAGAAACGGUGUUCAUGGCCUUGGCUAUGAAGGGCUGAAAUUCAGUUCAAUUCUUUGUCAAGAUAGGCGAUUGGAAUCAGCACUAAAAUUAAAAGCGAAAAGCAAAGGUAUACGUGGUCAGGCUUUUGGCGUUGGAGUUUUCGAAGAAGAUGAAGAUGAUACUAAUAUUUAUACUGAAUUUGAUUGGUCAAAAUAUGAUUUUUCUCUUGAUAACGAAAAUCAACCAACAACAUCUAGAAAUGAUUCGCAUGACACAUCAUUUGUAAUGGAUAAUAGACGACAAAAAGCGCGUAUUUUUUUUGCACCGCCUCGGAUUCCACCAACUUUUCGACCUAUCCACAAUCCUAUUUUACCUGAUAUAUCAAGUAUGCCUAAUACACUACAGAAAAUCGGAGAAACAAUGACUCAUGCCCAAAGAGCACGUUUUCUCGGUGAAGUUGACAAGAAUUUGAUGUUAGAACUUGUUCAUGAUGAAGAUCGAAAACGUCUCAGUCUUUCAAACAAAGCGGAACAACAAAUCAGAGAUGUUUUUGAGGAUGAACCAAUGAAGCAAGCUCGAUUUAAACUCUUUCUAAAUUAUUUAAAACGAGGACUUAAUUUUCCACAACCUCCAGAAAUGACUUCUUUGGAAUGGGAGCGUGAAUUAGCGGAUUUUUAUCACGUUCUUCCUCCUCAUUUGCGCAGUUUAUUGCCUGAGGUGAAAUCGCGUCAACUGCCUUUGGCGAGUUCUAAACUUGCUGCUCCUAUAGCGCAAGUGCUGAAAGCAAAAUUUGUUACUUCCUCAGGGGCAGAAUCUAAAAGAUUGCACGAAUCAAAGAAUCAGGACCAGAUUAUCGCUGUAAGGUCAAAAAUGUUCGGUGAAUUGACUCGUCGCGUUUAUGAUUGGUAUCCUGCAAAAAAUCUGUCAAAGAAAUUCAAUAUCCCCGAUCCUUAUCCAUCAUCAAUCAUUGUGGGUGCACCUGAUCUUCAGAAAUCUGAGAAAGCUGAAACAUUGUUAAAUCUAGGAAGCACUUCACAAGAAUUGGAAUAUAAAGCAAACCAAGUCAAAAUCAACUUUACUAUUGAUGAACCUGGGAAGAGUUUGGCACGAAAUAAAGUUGAGGAUGAAACUACUGAUAGGAAUCACGCUGAAUGCCAACCCAAAGCUGAAAGGCCUUCGGAUGAUUUCCUUCGAGCUGUAUUUGGUACAGAUGAUUCUUCAGAGAGUGAUUCUGAAGAUAUAUUCGACAUUCCACCACCAUCGAAAGAGGCAGAAAAUACGUUUUUAGAAAAAAAUCCAAAACCGGAGAUGGCUAUGCAAAAAAUGAUUAACGUAAUGGAUAUUGAUAUAUCUGAUGAGGAAUUCGGACCAGUUCCUCCACCGCUAGGUUAA